AUGCCACGGGAUGUUAAUAGUCCUGAUCGAGGUCCUGUCGCCCUAUCGACUCAAUCUCACAAUCCCUAUGCAAAUGGCUACGACAUGGCGCUGAGAUUCAACACCGACGGACUCGGAAUCACCUACAUUGGCCUCGUCAUCGCAUGGACUUGCCUCUUGCUUCCCGCCGCUGUCUUUCUCAUGCGCAAUCGACAUCUGCCGUACCUCCGCAUUCGAAACAUCCCUCUGGCGGUCAGUGCUGUUGUAACUCUCCAUGUGUACUGGGUCCUGUGUAUGAUCGCCUAUGUGCUCAAUGGGUACUUCCCCUGUGCCACCGAAUACUGGAUCAUGAGCAUCUACUUGCCACUAGGCAUUGCUCUCUUCCAAGCAACAAACUCCCAGCUGCUCUCCGUUGCAACUGCACAGAAGAGAUACGCCCAAGGAGAUGUUGUGGUCGAAUCCAAGUCAACCACCGAUUACAAGACCCCAGUAUGGCGCAAGUGGUGGGACAGACUGAAGACAUACAACGCGACAAAGAAUACCAUGGCAUGGAUUGGAAUCGCCAUGAGCGUCCAAGUUGUCUUCGCCCUCAUCAUCUUCCUUGUUUCCCGAAAAUUCCACCCGGGCUUUGGUGUCACGGGAGAUGUGACUACAAGAUCACUCUGCCGACGUGGCUGGGAAUGGUGGCCAUCAAUCGUGUGGCAAAUCUUCUGGUCUUGGGGUUACGCUCCCGUCCUUCUCUGGCGGGUUCGAAAUAUCCAUGAUGUUCACGGAUGGAGGGCGCAAACCAUCGCCUGCGUUGUCGCUGGGUUACCUGCCUCACCCAUGUGGUUAGUCGCACUCUAUGCUGGGCCUUUGCAAACGACUGUGGACAAGUACUUUGUCCCUCCUCUAUGGUUUUCUCCUUCCAUCGUCAUCAUGCAAGCCUCGGUCAUAUUUGUCCCUUUCUUUCAGAUAUUCAAAAACAGAAAGCUCGAGACCGAAACACGCGAGAUCAUCGCCGAGUGGGAGGAGAAGCAGAAAUUCAACGGCUCGUUGAAUGCAAGGUCAGCGUCCAUGAACGCCGCCGUUCGAUCUCGGACUUCUACUCGCCGGUCUGUUAAGAGCACCACAAGCGCCCGGCAAGGAGAGAUGUACACCAUGAGCGCUCUCGAGACGACUCUGAAACUGAAUCCUACUCCUCUCCUCAUGUUCUCGGCAUUGAAGGACUUCUCAGGAGAAAACAUCAGCUUUCUCAUCCACGUCCGAGAUUGGAAAGCUUUCUGGCUUUCUGGGACGCCUCGAUCUGGGAUGCUGCGCAAGCAAGAACCUAACAGGACGCAUGAUCAGGACUUGAUCCGACGACAGUUUCAACAUGCGGUUGGAAUUUAUGCUUCGUUUGUGAGCUUGAAAUACUCAGAGUUUCCGAUCAAUAUCUCUUCUGCUCAUCUCAGGGACCUCGAGGCCAUAUUCGAGCAAUAUGCUGCCCUCGUUUGCGCAGAGCCGACGGCGAAUGCCGCCACGCCAUUUGAAAACUAUUGGUCAUCCACGAUCUCGGAGGAUCUGGAAAGCCAGAGGGGGAAAGACCAAUUGUCUGUCGUGUCGACAGUCGUCGGAGAAGGUGGGAAAGACGAGUUGAAGCGCGAAAACAGCGAAUCACUUCAAUUGCAACAGUUGGAGAUGACCAAUUUCGGCGAGCGACUGCCCGUUAAUAUCGGCAUUCCCGACGCUUUCGACGAGACAGUCUUCGACAAGGCCGAGCUCAGCAUCAAAGAGCUGGUCCUGACCAACACAUGGGCUAAGUUUGUUAAAGCCGGAUUCGCUCAGAACAGUGCCAAGUCAAGCUUUUCUACUCGUUUCGAGACCGUGGUUGACGCAUGUCGACUUCGACUCCCUAACCGACUUCCAAAGCUUGCUGGCAAGUUUAGGAAAUAA